AUGGCACAAAUAUACUGGGUCAGUUUGUUACUGAGCCUUUGGUCUCUCUUUCAACCAUGUUCAGCAGACACCUGCUGGCGUAAUACUUCUUGUACCGGGCCAACACACGCUAUAUUCAGCGGGCCAUGGGAGAAAAACAUCUUUGCACCGGCAUCACGAACAGUACGACCAGCUUCAACGCUGUCAGAAUUGAAAAACAAUGCUAUCACAGACCCCAAACAUCCAUAUAAAGCAUCUUUACACGGCAACGGGUCACUAAUAGUGUUUGACUUCGGUAUCGAAGUCGGCGGGAUUGUGCAUCUAAACUAUACAUCCAAUGGUAGCGGAGCGCUAGGACUCGCAUUCACAGAAGCGAAAAAUUGGAUCGGGGAAUGGUCUGACUCGUCAAAUGCCCUGUACCACGACGGUGCCUUGUAUGCAAAUAUCUCUUCGUCUGGGGCGGGCACAUAUGUCAUGCCGGAUAAGUAUCUCCGCGGUGGAUUCCGGUACCUGACAGUAUUCCUACUCACGGAUGACUCGAGCAAUGUCCAGAUUGAAGAUUUGAGCUUGGAGCUCGCAUUCAAACCCACUUGGUCGAACCUAAGAGCGUACCAGGGGUACUUCCAUUGCAGCGAUGAACUUCUGAAUCGGAUCUGGUACAGUGGUGCUUAUACGCUGCAGACCAAUGAGGUACCCGUUAAUACGGGUCGCGUUACGAGUGGCGUUAAGUCUGGAUGGGUCAAUAAUGGUACACUCGGACCGGGAGAUACGAUUAUUGUGGACGGUGCGAAGCGAGAUCGGGCGGUUUGGCCGGGUGAUAUGGGAAUUGCUGUUCCUUCGGCAUUUGUGAGUCUGGGGGAUUUAGAGAGUGUGAAAAAUGCUUUGCAGAUUAUGUACAAUACGCAGGACAAGUCCACGGGUGCAUUUGAUGAAUCGGGUCCUCCACUGAGUCAGAAGAACUCGGAUACGUAUCAUAUGUGGUCGAUGAUUGGCACCUACAAUUACGUGCUGUAUACCAACGACACCAAUUUUCUGUUGGAGAAUUGGGAUAGCUAUCUGCACGCCAUGAACUACAUUUAUGGCAAGGUCACUUACCCCAGUGGACUUUUGAAUGUGACUGGUACAAGAGAUUGGGCUAGAUGGCAGCAAGGCUACAACAACUCAGAGGCACAAAUGAUCCUCUAUCACACCCUACAGACAGGCGCAUCUCUUGCUUUAUGGGCCGACGACUCAACCAAUCUAUCAGACACAUGGCUUUCACAAGCAGCCAAUCUAAAGAAAGCAAUCAACACCUACUGCUGGGAUGAAUCAUACGGUGCAUUCAAAGACAACGCAACAGAUACAACGCUGCACCCACAAGAUGCCAACAGCAUGGCCAUUCUAUUUGGAGUUGUCGAUGAAAGCCGUGCAGCCAGUAUAUCAGAAAACCUUCUCACAAACUGGACCCCAAUAGGAGCCGUGGCUCCAGAGUUACCCGAGAACAUCGCCUCAUUCAUCUCUUCGUUCGAGAUCCAAAGCCACUUCGUCGCACAUGAGCCAUCACGUGCACUCGAUCUUAUCCGUCGCAGUUGGGGCUGGUAUAUCAACAAUCCAAAUGGUACAGAGAGCACUGUGAUCGAAGGUUAUCUUCGAAACGGGACUUUCGGGUAUCGAAUGGAUCGCGGGUACGGGUAUGACCCGUCUUAUGUAUCCCAUGCACAUGGGUGGUCUGCGGGACCGACUUCUGCGUUGACAGAGUAUGUGGUUGGUCUCUCUGUUGUUUCGCCUCUGGGGUUGGCGUGGAAGAUUGCGCCGCAGUUUGGGGACUUGGACUUUGCUGAAGCUGGCUUUGUUACGUCACUUGGGAAGUUUGAGGCAUCUUGGAAGAAGACAAGUGGCGGGUAUGAUUUGGAUUUCUCGGUUCCGAGGGAGACUGUUGGAAACAUUACUUUGCCUUAUGUUAUUACAUCGAGGAAGCCUUUGAUUACUAUCGAUGGUGAUCAGUUGACGAAGGGUGUAAUUUAUGUGGACGAUACUGCAACUGUUGAGGUGACUGGUGGCUCUCAUAAAGUAGUUGUCAGUUAG